CAACUCACUCCUCACUCACGUCCUUAGAGACUCAGAGUCUCUUUCUCUGACCAAACAGCCAAAGGGUAGGGCUUGCCCCCUUCGAGCACAGCGCAACCACUUCCGACGAACCCAGCCACUGUGCCACCACCUUCUCCAGUCUCGGCGUCACCGUCGAUGCCCGUCGGACCCUCACUGCCCCUCAUCGCGCGAGAGAGGAAGAUCGUACUCUCCUUCGUGGACCGCCUCCUGGCCGAGCUCGACCACCGUACCCGCCGACCGUCCACCGCGUCGGCCUCCAAGCUUGGUCCNCCACGUCGCCGGCGACCGUUGCUGCCUGAGGCGUUCAGCCCUUCUCCAGUCUCCCCUUCCUCCAAAACGUGAUUUCGACAAGAAAAUAAACAAUGUGUGCUUGAAUUGGGUGCGUGUGUGUGCUCUGACUUAGGUGAGUAGUCGUUGUUCUGUUCUCCUCUCUUUUCUCUUCUUUUGCUUGAGAAUGUAUAUGGUGGUUUCUGGGUUCUGUGAGGAUGGUGGUGCUAAGGAAACAGAUUUGCAAUGGCCGAGAGAAACGAGAUAGAAUUGGUGGAGAUGGUACCGUAAACAACUCAGGGAGAUUAGCUCCCUUUUCUUUCUUUGCAGCUGAGAAGAAUCAAGGUUUUGGGGAGAACUGGUUUAGCCAUUUCGGCUUUGGUAAUGGGGACGGGAAAAUGAAGAGAAUGAAGGUUGUUUUUUCUUGCAGAGAAGAGGAAUUNGGGUUUAUGCNUGAGGGGUUUGGGGCUGGAAUGUUGGUUUGGUGUGAUUGGUUCUGUUUAUUGUGUUUGACACAGGUCAAGAUCGAGGGCAGCUACAUCAAAUGUUACUACCCAGAUUCACAGGGAGACCUACGGCUCGCAAGGGAGUUUUGGUUAACAGAGGAUAAUGGAAAGCAAGCGCACACAACCAUUUACACUAAUCAAAUAUCAUUCGUUCACCUCUCGGCACACAUAAAGAAAGCACAAUCAUGGGCAUGUAGAUGGGCGUGGCUAAAGAGCUUAGUAACCUUGCAGGUGCUGGAAAGCUAUGCCGAAAGCUAAUGAUUCUCCUUCUCUUUGGCCGUGAGGUGCUCUUUUUUCCCCAAGUUGUGAUGAUAGGAGAUGGUGAAACGUUGAGAUGAAUAUGGUGGAACGGGUUGGGUAAUAACCGUGAGUGUCGAGAUGGCUAUGGCGAUGGGUGAGUAUGGAUGAGGNUUGGUGAUUGGGUGAGGGGAGUCCAAGCCUAGAGCAAGAAAGGAGUCUUUUUUUUCCUGAAUCCUGUCCAGAGUGAAUCGAUAAUGGUGAAAGAGUCUUCCUAAGGCCUCGUUCUUGUGUUCCUCUGACUGCUGUACUCUUCCUCUCGGGUGGUUAAGGUCUCCUCCUUUGAUUUUUCUCUCCCUCUUCUUUUGAACCUUGCGUGAGGACUUAAAAGACAGCCUCCUGACACUCCAUUGCUUCAUCCCCUAUUGUCAGCAUUGGUUCUUACCGCAACUGGCUAAAGCUAUUGCUUCUUGUUGCAGCAUAAGUCUGAGCCAAAGAUUUUCACCAAAACAAUGAUAGAUGCUUCAACACGGAGGAGAUAUGCAUCUGAAUCCAAAAUCAGGUCUUGUCCAAUAUGAAAUAUCCAUCGGGUUACAAUUUUGUCCAUCAUUAAAGCAAUCCUUGAUUAAAGCAAACUUGUUCAGACAUCAUUUUUCUCUUGCGUAAUUGUUGAUCUGUAUACAACUUUUGUUUGUACACUGUGUAUAUUUGCGUAAUUGUUGAUCUGUACAUUUGUACACUGUGCAUUUGGCUUGUUUACUUUGAACACCUGUGUGACAGAGGAUGGGAAGAAGCACCGUCUGCAAUUCCUCAAAUCUUAAUUGGCCAUUACAAUUUUCCCUUUUUUUCUUU